GCGUAGAGCCCACUAAUCAGCGUGGCUAUGUGUAAAGGCGAUAUGGAGGAAGUCCUCAAAAGUUCGAGAUUGCUGACGUGUCCAGGUAUACCACCUAUGAAUCCAUGCCUUUAUUACCGCCCAUACAAGCUUAAUAGGAUUAAAGUUAGGUGAGUACGGUGGCGUAUAUCGUACGAUAUGGCCAGCGCUAAGUAUAAGUGGCUUAAUCUAUUGGUUCGUAUAAAGUGCGAGAUUAUCCAUGAUAAUUAUUAUCGCACGCCCGGGGUAUCAUUAUAGAAGCAUGCAUACCCAGGCUUAUGGAUAUAUCCUUGCAUUCGUGCGGGAUGAAGAAGCGGGCGCAAGAUUGCAGAUUGACAAAAUCAACCAAGAUAUUCUCUACUACAACAACAGAGCACAGCUACCCCAAGAGCACCUGACCGAUGGAAUUAUCGGCUACGAUGAUCUAAAACACGUCAUCGACGAUAUCCUUACAGCGCGUGCUAAAGUUGACGAAUGCUCAGACGACCAGACGAGAGUGGAGGCCCUCGGCGCAGCCACUGCGAUGCUCGAUAAACUCAUCAAAGACCGUGCCUAUCCAGAAAGCUGGACAGAACUCCUCCGGGAGUGUGGCGGAAAGGGCGGCAAAGACACUGCGCAGGCCGCUGUGGCUGAUCCACUGACUAAGCUGUGGACAUGGGCGACAGGCACUUCGAAGGAUGGGAAACGUAUCAUGGCAUGGCGCCCUUGUGGCAGCGGCACCCGCUGCGUGGUCGAGGAAACAGCCGGCUGCCCCGUCUGGACCAUCAAGUCCGGGUCUGAGGUUGGCCUUCGCCAAGUCGAACAGUACAAACAGGUUUCCGGAACACUACAGCUUGCCGGAACUGGGGUAGAAAAGCGUAAAUGGUCGUACAAAGACCGCGGAAAGUAUGAGAGCCUACUCGCGGUGACAAGUCCCGAAUACAAGACGCAUAAUGGUGCAAAUAGUCCCAGGACUCCAGAGACACACUGCUGGAUUAUAUGGAGCAACGAACUGCACCAUCUGACUAGAUCAGAUCUGUGUAGGGUGCUGGGGAAGGAAAGUGCGAACAACGACAUUGACACUCUGUGCAAGAAACAUGGAAAGCCGACGCUGCACGAGAAUGAGCCACAGACAUCUCUCAGCCCUGGGGUUGACUCGUCCCAGCUCAAGAUUGCAAAACCAGAUUCGAGAUCGAUCGAAGAUAGAUUCCUUAGGUUGGAACAGAAGAUACAAGAGCAGGAUUCAAUACUUGAGCGGAUCAUGAACGAGGACACUCUGUGCAAGAAACAUGGAAAGCUGACGCCGCACGAGAUUCAGCCACAGACAUCUCCCAGCCCGGAGAGUGAAUCUUCUACCAGUUCUCAACUAUCAAAGGCCCUGGCCGGUAAUGGGGUUGACUCGUCCCAGCUCAAGAUUGCAAAAUCAGAUUCGAAAUCGAUCGAAGAUAGAUACAUCACGUUACCGAUAAGUUACUUUGAUCAAUUCUUAGAAACCUGAGGUCGGUCUAUCCCAUGACGCCAAUCUAAAUACAGCUCCGGCGUGAACCCAUUCAGUCGAAUCUAAGGGUUGGUCGUCCCGCUAUACUGACUCAGUUCCUUACUUCAUUAGCCGAUCCGUAUAUUCUUAGUUACACAGUGAUGGGGGAUUAUGAGUUAUACUCCGGAGUGGCGGAGUAACACUCCGGUGACAUUCCUUUUACUCCGGAGUUAAAUUUUAGAAUUAGCUAAGAUUUUACAAAUAAAUUAUGAAGAAAAAGAAUUUCUUACAGACAAAAAACGAUAACUAGUUUUUUAACUUAAUAUCUUUUAUUA